AUGGCUGGUGGUGAAGAGGGCCCCGCCGGCGGCUCAGUGUCUGAGCCUCUCGACCUUGUGCGCCUCCUCCUCGAUGAGGUUGUAUUUGUGAAACUACGAGGUGACCGUGAACUAAAGGGACGCCUUCAUGCCUAUGACAGUCACAUGAAUUUAGUUUUGGGCGACGUGGUGGAGACUAUCUAUACGGUAGACGAAGAUGACGACGAUGAGGAAAUCAGAACAAUGACGAAAAAGUCUGAGAUGCUGUUCGUGCGAGGGGAUAGUGUUGUUCUUGUCUCCCCACAAAACUCCUCAUGA